AUGGCUAGAAAUAUGAAAAAACAAAAUUUAGCAGUCAAUGAUCUUAAUAACAUUGCACAAUUUCUGUUGCAAGGGUCUACCAACGGGAAAUCGGUUCAUGGGAAAAUUACUGAAGCAAUUUUAAAGUAUAGUGUAAGCAGACAAGUCAUCCACAGAAUUUGGAAAAGAGCACACGAGCAAAUUCAGUCAGGUCAGCCCAUAUCUUUAAAAAAUAAGAAAUCAGACCUUCCUCGGGUUAAGAGGAAGGAGUUUGAUAAAACUGCUCUACAAAGUAUAGCUGUGCACAAGAGAGACACUUAUACAAAUAUUGCUAAAGAGAUGAAUGUCAGCAAGAGUAUUGUCGGGAAUCGGGUAAAAUCGGGGCUGAUCAGGCCACACACCAAUGCUAUCAAGCCUUCCCUUAACGAGAAAAACAAGAUAGAGAGGCUAAAGUUCAGCCUCAACUCACUACAGAUUGAUAGUGCAUCGAAAGUCAUCAAAUUUCAAAGCAUGUCACAAGUUGUGCACGUAGAUAAGAAGUGGUUUAAUCUUACAAGGGAGACAAAAAUAUACUAUCUACUCCCCGAUGAGCCAGAGCCGUACAAGGUCUGUCAUAGUAAAAGAUUCAUUACGAAAGUAAUGUUUUUAUGUGCAGUUGUUAGACCGAUGUAUGCUAGUAAUGGAGAGUGCAUAUUCGAUGGGAAAAUAGACAUUUUCCCUUUUACAGAAAAGGUUCCAGCCCAAAGAAAUUCAAAGAAUAGAACAAUUGGGACAAUAGUUACAAAACCAUUAGAAUCCAUCACAAAGAAAGUCACAAAGAAACUUUUAAUCAACAAGGUGAUACCAGCAAUAAAGGAGAAGUGGCCAACCAACAGGGACAAAAAUAUCACUAUUCAACAGGAUAAUGCAAAGCAGCACAUCAAUAACUCUGAUCUAGAUUUCAGAUGA